AUGGCUGAAACCACGACGGCUGCGGCUGAAGAAAGACAAUUCGUGGCUCAUUUCAGUCAGAAGCAGCAUGUUUCCUCCCCGAAAGAGAUCCAGCAAAAUUCAAGGGAUAAAGAAUUGGGAGCAAGUUCAGGGAGUUUGAGUGUGCGAGAUUUUGAAUUGGUGAGAACGUUAGGAACUGUCAUCAAACUUAAACAGGUUGAUCAUGUCAAUCAUGAGCGUUCGGUUCUUGCAGAUGUUGCUGGCCAUCCUUUCAUUACUACAUUAAUUACUUCUUUUGCUGAUCACGACUCAUUGUAUAUGCUACUCGACUACUGCCCUGGAGGUGAAGUAUUUUCUUAUUUACGAAAAGCCAAACGAUUCGACGAGAACACAGCACGAUUUUAUGCCGCCGAGAUAGUUUUGAUCCUUGAAUUUUUACAUGAGCGGGAGGGGGUUGCAUAUAGAGAUAUGAAACCAGAGAACCUGUUAUUGGAUGCUGAGGGACAUAUAAAGCUGGUUGAUUUUGGAUUUGCAAAACGUUUGGGAAACAGGGAAACAUAUACCUUGUGUGGUACACCAGAGUAUCUUGCGCCAGAGGUUAUUCAAUCGAAAGGCCAUACAACAGCUGUUGACUGGUGGGCUUUGGGUAUAUUGAUUUACGAAUUCUUGACGGGAUAUCCACCGUUUUGGCACUCGAACCCAAUAGAGAUUUACAAGCAAAUUGUUACCAAGCCAGUCUCUUUCCCUGCUGAACCUGCUAUUUCAUCUGCCGCGAAAGACAUCAUUCGCCAAUUUUGCACGGUCGAUCGAUCACAUCGUCUCGGAAAUAUAUCUGGUGGCGCAGCACGAGUUAAAGAUCAUCCAUUUUUUCAGGGAGUGAUCUGGGAAGAUGUAUAUUACAGGAAAUAUCGUGGUCCGAUUAUACCCCCUUUGAGAUAUCCAGGCGAUGCUCAAAAUUUUGAUUUAUAUCCCGAUGAAAAAGAAGGAAGAGAACCAUACACAGAGGAGCUCGCGGCAAAAUGGGACGAUUGUUUCAAGGAAUUUUAG